CACCCCAAAAUCCGUUCGAAUUGAAAAAGCAUACCGCAAACUGAAAGGGAAUGACAAAUCCACAGUGCUUUGGAAACAAUAUUUCCCCAUUUCUUAAAAUAAAAUAAAAUAGUAAACAAUUAAAAGCUAAAAACGGCUGGCUUGCUCUUCCUGUUUCGGUGUUUUGUUGGGGAAAUGAAACAUUAGGGUUUCUUCGGCGACCUGCGAAUCAAACUCCCUAUAGAUUAUCUUGGCGGAAAGAAAGAGGUAACUUUCUUGCAUCACUUAAAGUGAAAUUCAAUUCAAUCCCCAUGUUUUAUUUUCUCAGCAAAUCCGUUAUCCAGUAUGGGAGACACACUGCUGCAGUUUCACCCACCUACAAGCACUUUUCAUUUCAACUCUCACCUUCAAUUAUCACUCUUAGAUUCUUCAUCUCAACCCUUGAAAAUCCAAAUAAACACUCAUUUGCAGCCUCUUAUCUCAUAAGCAAAUUUGGGUUCUCUCCUGAAUCUGCUCUUUCAGCUUCUAAACAUCUCAAUUUUACAACCACAGAGAAACCUGACUCUGUGAUUCACAUUUUCAAGCACUAUGGUUUCUCUCAGGUUCAAACCUUAAAACUCGUUAAAAAAUACCCACGAGUGCUUUCGUGCAACCCUGAGAAAACCCUUUUGCCUAAACUCGAGUUUUUCCACUCUAAAGGCAUGUCAAACAAUGACAUUGCACGCAUUUUAUGUACAUAUCCUCAUAUUUUAGUUAGAAGCUUGGAAAACUGUAUAACUCUUAAUUUUAACUUCCUUGGCAAUUUGCUUCAAUCUAAUGACAAGACAAUUGCUGCUGCUAAAAGAUACUCGCCUAUUCUAUAUCAUAAACCCGAUAGAUUCUUGAAACCUUGUAUCGACAUUUUGGAAGAGUAUGGAGUCCCCAAAAAGCAUAUUGCUUCAUUGGUUCACCGUUGGCCUAGGUCUGUCAUGAUGUCUCCGAAUUAUCUGAGAAGAAUUGUAGAGAAGGUGAGAGAAAUGGGAUGUGAUCCUCUUAAGCCCCAGUUUACUACGGCAGUGAUGGUGAUGAGUCUAUUGAGCGAAUCUGGGUGGGAAAGGAGGCUGGGUGUUUAUAAGAGUUGGGGUUGGUCUGAGGAAGACGUUCAUGCUGCUUUCAUCAAGGAGCCUUGGUGCAUGAUGACAUCAGAUGAUAAGAUUAUGGCAGUGAUGGAUUUUUUGGUCAACAACAUGGAUUGUGAGCCUUCAUUUAUUGUGAAGAACCCCUAUCUUUUGAAGCCAGGCUUGAAGACAACAUUUAUACCAAGAGCUUCAGUUGUUCACUUUUUGUUAUCGAAACAGUUGAUUGAAACGAAGCCAAACUUGGUUACUCUGUUUUUGUGUUCUGAGAAGAUGUUCCUUGAGAAAUUCGUGUAUCGUUUUGAAGAAGCCCCUCAGCUAUUAAAGCUGUAUGGAGAUCAAUCAAAUCUUUCAAAAUGACAUGGAAAUGUAACCAUUUUGUGAAUCGUUUUUCUCUCUCCAGAUUUCGUUGGAUACUGUAAUGCAACUACAAGGGUGAGUUGGCCUCAGUUUUUGGCUUCCUUAUUCUUCAAUUUCUCAAUUGAAGCUCGAUUUGAGUAAUGUGGUUUUUCAUCGCUCUCUUAUGCAACUCCACUGCUACAUUUAUUUUGGUGUCUUUUAUAAGUGAGUUUGUUUACCAGCACAAAGGAAAAGAUGAUGGCUUCUGUUCUCUGGUGUCUUCCUGAGAAGACAUGUGCAUCCAUUAAUUGGUGGAGCUAUCUUCCUCUUCCAUUUCAAGCAUAUCGAAGUGAUGCUGUAGUGGAAUUGGUGUUGAAAAACACUACCUGUAUGGUGAAUUUUGAGCAGUCAUGGAAUAAUUGAGAGUCCAUAUGCUAGAAUGCAGAUAGAUUAAGGAUUUUGAAUUCAAUGUUCCACAUCUAAACUCAAUCUCAGCAUUCAUUAGCAAUUGCAUCUGCCUAUGAUGCAUUGCAGUAACGUUUACAGGAUGUUAGAUGUUAAAGGUACAAAAGACUAGGACCCUGGCUGUCUGCAUGUGCCUAGGGUCUAACUCAAUUUUUGUGUAUCCGCAUUAUUAUGUUCAACUUAUUGAAUCAGUCCCCACUUUACUAGAAUAA